CGGGAGCGCGCGCCUCGGCGCGGGAGCGCGUCCCGGGGAGAGCCGGAGCAAGAUGGAGGCCGCGCAGAGGACGCCGCCUGGGCCAAGGCAACCGCUGCCAGGAGCAUCGAGCCCCGGAGCUUAAGCCUUGCCGGUCCUGGAUCAGCCGCCCCGACUCAGCCCAGCUCCCGCCCCCGCAGCCCGGUGGUCAGUCCUGGGCCGGCGGCCCCCUGUCAGCCGCUGCCGCCGGCCCCGCCCCCGGGCACCAUGCUGCCCUCGCAGGAGGCCUCCAAGCUCUACCAUGAGCACUACAUGCGGAACUCGCGGGCCAUCGGCGUGCUGUGGGCCAUCUUCACCAUCUGCUUCGCCAUCAUCAACGUGGUGGUCUUCAUCCAGCCCUACUGGGUAGGCGACAGCGUGAGCACUCCCAAGCCUGGCUACUUCGGCCUCUUCCACUACUGCGUGGGCAGCGGGCUAGCGGGCCGUGAGCUCACCUGCCGGGGCUCUUUCACCGACUUCAGCACCAUCCCGUCCAGCGCCUUCAAGGCGGCCGCCUUCUUCGUGUUGCUUUCCAUGGUGCUGAUUCUCGGCUGCAUCACCUGCUUCGCUCUUUUCUUCUUCUGCAACACCGCCACUGUCUACAAGAUCUGCGCCUGGAUGCAGCUCCUGGCAGCCCUGUGCCUCGUCUUGGGCUGCAUGAUCUUCCCUGAUGGCUGGGAUGCUGAGACCAUCCGGGACAUGUGCGGGGCCAAGACGGGGAAGUACUCCCUGGGGGACUGUUCGGUGCGCUGGGCGUACAUUCUGGCCAUCAUCGGCAUCCUCAACGCACUCAUCCUGUCCUUCCUGGCCUUCGUGCUGGGCAACCGGCAGACGGACCUGCUGCAGGAGGAGCUCAAACAGGAGAACAAAGAUUUUGUGGGCACUACAGUAAGUUCUGUGCUGCGGCCAGGAGGUGAUGUCUCUGGUUGGGGAGUCCUACCAUGCCCUGUUGCUCACACACAGGGACCCUGAAAGCCAGGAUUAUAUCCCAGAGUUGGCCUGACCUCAGCAUAUCCUGUCUGCUGCCCUCUCAUUCCUGCGUUCAAGCUCCAGACCCAAAUCUCGAACUGACUGCACAUGGACCUCCGGGCUCUGAAGAGAGGCAGGGGCUGGGCAGCAGCCUGGCAGAAAGUAGAGGCCCUUGAGAUCCUGAGAGAGCCUGAUUCUGGCCCUGCCUCCAUUGGACCUAGUGGAGCCUGGGUCUCCCUCUCUGGUCCUUUGGUUUCCUUCUCUCCUGUGUAGACUAGCUGGAGGUCCCUGAGGACCCCCAGGGAAAGGAGGCUCUGCAGUGCAAUCUCCUUGGACCCCUUCAAUCUGGAGGGCUGCCUGCUGUGUCCUUGCCUGUCAGUCCUGAUCUCCUAAAGAGACUUACUUACUCAAGACACUGCCCCAGGAGGGCCAAACUCUUUCCUACUUUAUUUUUAUUUGCUGAUGAUGGUCCCACCACAUCUGCCACAAAGUUCCAGGUGCCACCAGCCCCCCAACGGGGCCUCCUCUGCCUCCCUCAAUCAAGCCUGCACCCAGCUCUCAAAGGAAUCUGAGCCGUGCAGAGGGAGUAAAGAUAGGGUCUUCCUUCCCGCUGCUGGGAGUCCCUCAACACCUCAGAGUCUGAGGGGGGAGACACGGGCUCUGGAGGCUGUGGGAGGAGGCAGCAGCUGGAGUUUGUCAACAUCCCAGCCUGGGGCUGGCCUGGCCUCUUUCCUACUGGGAUAUCUCACUGGUGACUUGCUCCUCGAGCCUGGCCUGUUUUGUACAGCAUAGACUUCUCAGGCCCAUUGUCAGGGUUGGUGGCUGUGGAGAGGGGGCACAGGGGUGGGGACCUAGGGGUCACCCCUCUCCUUCUCAUGCUUCCUACACCCCAGACAUCUGCCAAGGGCAGAGACUGUCUUGCGUCUUUGAUACUUUUCUGCCUAACUUGAACUUGCAGGUCACCUCUGAACAGGGUACCCUUGUCCCCACCCCAGGCCCUGUUACCCUGUCCCUGCCUCUUUCUCCUCUUUGCCCACUUCUCGCCUUGCGAUAAGCCCAGGGUCUGCAACUUCAUGGGCAGUGCUUGGAGCUGAGGUAGGUGUGUGUGUGUGUGUGUGUGUGUGUGUGUGUGUGUGUGUGUGUAUGUGUGUAUGUGUGUGAGUGUGUGCACUCUUGAGCGUGUGUGUAUGUGUGUGUGUGUGUGUGUGUGUGUGUGUGUGUGUGUAUUAGGGAAGGGCAAAUGAGAAGAUCUCUCUUCCUCUCCCGCUGUGGGGAGCUACUCCCUCCCCCUUAGCAGAGAGAAAAUGAGGGAGAUUCCAGGUGGGUUUUUUUGUUGUUAUUGUUGUUUUGUUUUUUAUUUUGUUGUAGUUUUUGACCAUCUUUGGUUACCUUAUGGAUCUGGUGGCAGAGCCAUCUAAUUAAUCAUAGACAAGCCUUCAGUCCCCAGUGGAGGGGUGGCAGACUAGCUUCAUCUAACAUAAUGUCUCCUAGGGCACUGCCUGCAGCCUAGUCCUUGUGUCUGGGAUGUGUGCCUCCUAUAGGCUGAACAGGAGGCUUAUCACUUCCGUGUGUUUCGAGGGCCUCAGCCAGAGUGGAAGAGUGGCUAGUCCAUGAGUUUGCUGUCCUUGUAUUCAUCUUCAUAGGACUUGGAGCUGAGUUAGGAUUCCUGAGCAAGGCCCAUGACCCAAGGCUGCCCCGGCAGGACCCUAACUGGAAUCUGAUGCUGGUUCCUGGCAGGAUUCCUGACACUUGGAACUUUCCAGAUCCCAUCUCCACAUUUUCUCCUCUCUCUUCCAGGGUAGACACCUCCUCCUAAGUUUUGGCCACUGCCUUUGUGUUCCCCAACACUUGUCCCCACCUGAUCCCUUCCUGGAGCCAGAGUACUGGAGUCAUCUUCAGCAGGUAGCCAGGAGACUGGGAAUGGACAGGGAGGUUAGGGGAGCCUUGUCGGAAGAAGGGAGCAGGGAGUCAGUUCCUUAGCUUCAAACCAGAGGAGAGGGUCCAGGUAGUGACGAGAGGGGCAGGAGCGGGUGGCUGACUGGGAAGUGGGCAAGGCAAAGAUGAGACAGAAGACAGGCAUGAAAAGGGAGGGAUGGUGAGAGAGAGAGAGAGAGAGAGAGAGAGAGAGAGAGAGAGAGAGAGAUCUGGAGAGACACAAGCAGUGAUGGAUAAGGAGAGGUGAACUGGCAUAGGGUUUCCAUGACUGGGCAGCAGAUGAAGAAGCCUGGGGAGUGAGAAACGGAGGUGUAAUUCACAGUGACCAAGAACAAAACAGAGAAGGUAGAAGGUAAUAGGGGUGAAGAAAUCUGGAGGUUGAGGAGGGCAGCCAUUCGUGUGCUUGGAGAGUCUGUUUUCCUAAGGACACCUGCUUGCCCAAGGGGUCCCUCGUGCAUUGGCAGACAGGCUAGAAAUGACCCCUUGGAGGACAAGUGGCUCUGGGUCUGCAGCAGCUCUGAUCCUUUGGAGAGGACUGUGUGUGUAUAACGGACUGAGCAGGCCAGGCUGUGUUAGAGGCUGGCUAAUCAAGAUGAGGAGGAGGAAGGACAUCAGUGUUCUCCCCACCCUCCAGCCAAGCAGCUGCUGCCCAGCGGUGCAGUGUGGAGUUCAGGCUAGGGGGCUGAAGCCUGCAGUCUGCAGGAUCCCCAUGGGGGAAAGAAGAGAGGUAGUAAUGGGGACCAAAGUGUGGUCCUGAAGACUUAGAAGAUUAGGGACAGAGAAAAUGGAUGCUUCAGCCAAGAACUCAGGUGAGGCUCCAGCUGAUCUCCCAGCAGUUGGCAUGGUACAUUAGGGCUGGUGAGCCUUUGGGAAAGGAUAGGCUAUGGGGAUCAACAUCUCUGUUUCUGAUCACCAACCAAGAGCUUCCUGACUUUGGGUCCCUGAAAAUCCUCGGCCAUUUGUGACUGAUGGGGAGGCUAGUGUUUGGUGGUACUGGAUUUCUUUGCUCCUGGCAGAGUGUGGAAAUAGCAGUUAUAACUUCAAUGGGGUCCAGCCUCUGCUUCAGAGUACUGUUUAGACUAGUCCUUGGGGCUAUGAGAAGUCGAACACUGCCCCCUAAGGACCAGAGCUAUGGAGGAAAGCCGUCCCAAGGGCACAGGGAUGUGGGGAAGAUUGACAUCCUUCUGGGGCCUGCUGGAGCCAAGAUGAGUUUGCAGAUGGCGCUUGGGAGGACAGGAAACCUCUACAAGCUGAGCCCCUCUUGAACACAGAGGGGCUAGUCCUUCUCCAGCCUCUGGUAUGAAUUGAAAAAGGGAAACCUUCUUCUUGGAAGGGCUGGACUCCUUCUAGCACAAGAGGCUUCUGGGGGGAUCCUUGUCUGGCUUGGAGCUAGCUUUUGGGUGGGACAGGAGUAUUCCUGAGAAGUGAGCAGCAACGGCCAGCCCUCCCAGGACUCUGACUGGCAGUCCUCCAAGGACCUGUGCUGUGUGUUAGGGUAGCUUGGUGUUGUCUGUGCCCCACUAGUAAGUUCUGUCUGAAUGUGUCCUUGAUGUUCACUUGUCCAAUUUGGUAACAUUUCUUUUGGUCCCGCCCCCUUCUGCUGCUGCUGGAUUUGAGCUUCAGUGCAGGUGGAAUGAUGUUCAAAUAAAGACACAAUUUAUAUCA